AUGAACCAAAAAAUUAACAUCGGAAAGAUAGGGGUAAAAGUAGAUAGGCUCAUAAAAACAGAAGAAGGGGAUAUACUAGUAAAACUAAACGGCAAGGGAGCCGCAGAAAAACUACGAAAAGAAAUGGAUACAAGAAUGACAGGGAUAAAUAUGGCAAUCCGGCGCAAAGAAUGUUUUUUUAACAUAACUGGUUUGAAUCCAGGGGUGACGAAGGAACGACUAAAAAGUGCCAUAAAAAUGUACACAGGAAUACCCACAAAUGAAAUUGACAUAAAUACGCUAAGAAUAGGUAAACAUAGGGAGCAGGUGGCGACCGUAGCCGUACGCCCCUCAAAAGCUGAAGAACUGAGGAGAUACAGCUCCAUAAUUAUAGACUGGGUAUAA